UUGAAUUUUCAAACACCUUCGACAGUAGAGUGCCUCGUUCGCAAAUGCUGCGAGAGAAGACAAGAUCCUCUCGCUUUUCCUUUUCAAAUUUUGCCUGUACAGACGUUGCAGUGGCGACUUCUAUCCUUGCGAGCAUCGUCCCUCGAUGCACAGGUUCUCUCUAGCUCGGCGCGUGCUCUCUACCAUUCAAGCAUUCGAUCGAUCUCUUGCGCAUCCUCGGACGAGCGUCCGAUGUGAAGUGUGGAAUUUCUGCGACUCCCGCAUUGCAGCCUGCCGUUGCUCUGGACGUAGAGGGAGAUGGAGUACCUGUCAGUAAUGUCGCCACCCUCGACUUAGAGACCAGCAUUACCACGGUCUGCUCUGAUCCUUUCUUGUCACAUACCGUCGUGGUACAAGGUGCUUUGUGCGUGCGUAAAUCGUAAAUCGAAGGUCGGUUUUCUUGUUUUGAAAUGUUGUCCUCUAGCAUGCCCGGUCGGCAAGCUCCGAUUGCAUGUCUCAAGAGCAUCGAGAUCACUUCGGAUAUUGUUUUGAACGAGGCAAGUGGAUUUCAGUCUAGACCCUUGCUGCGAUGAAAUGCAAGAUAGGAGCGAUUAUGCGACUGGAGGAGUGGGGGUCUUGGUUGACCGAAAUUCAGGCUUCGUUCAGCUCCAGUUGGAAAAUGAUGUUUCAGCAAUGCACUGACGGCCAGCCACCAGCAGAAUGACAAACUCUAGUUUCCUCGACGGGGCGUGCUCUGCUCGGUCGCCCCAGUGAGCAGGAAGUUUUGUCGAGGCCGGGGAUGGCCGAAACGACGCCGACAUGCGGAAACAAAAGAAACUCUAUCAGCAGGGGUGAAGACGGGCCAGCACUGCCGCUCAACAAACGGGUGCAGAGCCCCGUUGUGUUCACAGGCCCAGAUGGCAAGAUACUAACCAGGGAUGGAAAUCGGGACAAUGGCGAGCGUUGGUCAGCAGCACACGCUAAGUUUGACUCUGUGAAAGCCAAACAAAGGAUUCUGUCGAGGCAGGAAGACGCUGCAGCAGACAUGGCGAGCAGUACCGGAACUAAGAAGCCGUCUUGUAUGCGCCAGCCGGCAUUCUCCACUCCGCAGCCUGGGAAGGUGAAGAGUGUACAUUUUCAAACUCCGAUCUCUAGCUUUCCCAGUUCUGUUGAUAGUCCUGCAAUGCCUGUGGGAACCAUCGAAUAUCAGAGCACGCCUCUUCCUUCAAGCAAAGCUCGCCCUCCCUUGUCAGGAAGGAAAAUGAAGAUGAAAGCUGCAGCUAAGUUGCAAUUGCUGGAUGACCACGAGACUCAUGCUUCUCGCUUGGUUCAAGCGCGACUUGAUUUUUCUAUGGGGAGGCAAGAGCGAGCUUAUAUCGCGUGGUUGAACCAUGUUCUUGGGAAACCUGCCACUGCAGUAAAUCAGAUGUCCAACUUUGAGGACUUCAUAUCGAGGAAUUCAUCACAAAGUACCCCGAAUUCGAACAGUAGACCUGGAGCUGGAGACUUAAAAUUGAUUGAUGAGGUGUAUUGGGAUGAAGACUGUGAAAAUGCUUCACCUCGGAAUCAGCCUUCUGUCGGAAAGUCGCCAAGGAGUGCUCUGAGACCUCUAAAUGGCCUCGCAAGUCGCUACACUGGUAAUCCAACUGUAAAGAGGCCUCUCAAGGAAACCUUCCUCGGUGUGACACCAGAAAAGUCGCUCCUUGCUCGCACGGAUUCUCCUGCCACGCCGUAUCUGAGUUCAAAAAGGUUGAAAAUGAUCACAGAGCACGGAUUUUCUUACUGUCGCGACCUCCACAUGCAAGACGUAUGCCGCCUGUCCGAUUUAUCUCGAAGGCUGAAUCUCCAUUUUAGCCAAGACGAGCGUGAAGAGAUUCUUACCACAAUAACGCAACUUGCAAAGCAUAUAGAUGAAGGGCGGUUGAGGAUGAAAAAGGAUUGUGCAAUUUUGGUCGAUGUAGCAUUGCGGAGAAAAGCUCUCUACGUGCUGUUGAAUUACAACUCCUACUGGUUGAGAAUCGGGUUACAUGUUGUUCUUGGGCACACAGCCCUCUUGAAUGGAAAGUUGAGCGGAGAUGUAACAGGAGUAGGGGUGAAGGAUCUGACUGAAGAGUACGCUCUUUUAGAAGUUUUCUUGGAGAGGCACUUUCUUGCACAUGCUGGUCUUUCCAAAGCAUACGCUACUAACAAGGCUAUCGAUGGGCUAUAUCGAGAAGGGUAUGCUGAAGCCCUCAGUAGAGUGAUACUGAAGAGGUUUUUCCUGCUCGUGCUCGUCCUCGAUAAAGCUAAACGUCUGACUUCCUUGAAGAUUUCCGACGGGAUCGACGGGCUGGAUGGAGGAUCCCCGUCCCUUUUCAGAUCUGAUGCUAGGGUAAAAUCUAGUCGUCAAGCCCUUCAAGAAUUCCUAUCGGACGUAAUGCACGGUGAGGGAGAUGUGAUUGGCAACCUUGGAAACCUCGGAUAUCACGUAUAUCAUCAUCAGGUUCCUCUGGCAGAUUACGAUUUCUCUGUAGUGGACUUGAUUGAGGAUCUUCAAGACGGCGUCCGUCUUUGCCGUUUGGUCCAGUUAUUAGCAGCCAAUGAUACAUUUUUUCUGGAGCAUAUUCAGGUUCCUUCAAACGGAAGGAAGAGACAAAUCCACAACUGCCAGAUUGCCUUGGAAAGUUUGGCCCAAGCAGGAGUUCCUCUUGAAGAUGAAGAGGGCUGCAGCAUAUGUGCUGAAGACAUUGUUGGUGGCAACAGAGAUAAAGUUUUUCCACUUCUCUGGAAUAUUAUGGUCCAUCUACAGAUACCCUUGCUUGUGAGCAGACCAAGGCUCUGUCAAGAAAUCGCUAAACUACAAGGAACAGAAGGACGCUUUGCAUUGGGACUGAACAUAGGGACUGUGGAACUGCUCCUAAAGUGGACUCAGGUGGUUUGCAUGAUCUCGGGUAACCUGAAUAUCAGAAACUUCAGGACAUCUUUUGCUGAUGGACAGGCUCUUUGCUAUAUUGUCAACCUUUACCUUCCACUGUUCCUAGCUCAGGAAGAUGUUCUGCGUCCCCUUUGUCAUAUGAACCUUCAGAUUGACAGCACACCCAAUCUAAGAGGGCCGUUCAGUCCAGCCUAUAAGAAAGCAGUAGCGCAUAAUUUCGGACUGGUUCAGGCCGUAGCUCGCAAACUUGGAAACAUUCCAGAGGUGCUUCAGCUGGUGGACCUAUUGGGUGACCCUGCUAUGAGUGAGAGGAACAUCAUAAUCUUUGUUGCUUUCUUAUGCUCCAGACUCUUGAAAGAGGAGCCAUUGGAUGACCAAGUUCGAAGAAGAGAAUCUAUCGAUUGGGAAGCUGGUGACCAGCAUGCAUAUUCUGCGGAUGAUGUUCCUGCUCUUUGUUCAUAUUCCUCGCGGCGUAGUCUUGAGUCUGAAUCUCCCAUUGGAUUUGACCGAUCGUACACGGUGCCCUGGCCGAAAGAGGAGGCUCGAAGAAGUGACAUAUCACCAACUACAGUCUGCAACAUCUGCUGCGAUAACAAUGCGAACAAUCCUGAACCUGAAGCUGAGUAUAAUGAAGAAAUUUUGCAUAAGGUGUGUAAAGUUCAAGCUUGGUGGCGUGCUCAUAGGGCCCGAGAGCUGUUCCUGAGGAAAAAAAGAGCAGUGCAAACAAUACAGAAGAGAUGGCGAAGCUUUUCUGAAAGUGUACGGACCCGUUGUGCUACGAGGAUUCAGGCGCAUUGGAGAGGUUACCUGCUGAGGCAGGUUUUUUUGAGGUGGAGAGAGGCUUCGUUAAUCCAUCGCGAGUGUCAUGAAAGGGAGCAGGCUGCAUUGGUCAUUCAAGCCUAUUAUAGGGCUUGGAUUCGCAAACGGAAGUAUCUAGAGACAGUAGGCAAUAUGUGCAAAAUCCAAGCUCUGUGGUGGGCAAACGAAGCCCGAGGGAACUUUCUGAUCCAGUGGAAGGCUGUGCGGAUCAUUGAAUCCGCGUGGAUUGAUUACUUGUUCCGUAAAAGGUCUCACUUCGCUCCAAUCGUCUUCCCUCACUGGAAGCAGUGUACAGCAAGGCAUAGUUUGAUCCGAUUGUCUACAGCAUCCUCUCUCAAUCAGAGCUGGUUCCGUGAUCGCUUUGAAGAAUAUGAAGUUGAAGAAGAGUAUAAAAUGGUCAAUGUUACAGAUUGGCUACAAGACAAUGAGCUCCAGAGCACGGAGUAUUUCAGCACCGUGAUUCAAGCCUGCUGGAGGGCUAGAGUUGCUCGCAAACGAUUCUUGAAGCAGAGACAAGCAGCAGUUCUGAUUCAAGUACAAUGGCGAGUUUACUCGUAUUUCAAGAAGAUUACAGCUGCUGUAAGAAUUCAAGCCAAAUGGAGGUGUUUCGCAUCUUAUCGAAGUUUCAAGUUGAUGAGAUCCAGUGCUCUCUUAAUUCAGUGUUUUUAUCGUGGGAACUUGGAAAGGAGACAGUAUCAGCGACAGAAGCGGUCUAUCAUCUGGCUUCAAGCACGGUGUCGAGGCCGGCUGCAAAUGAAACGCUAUGAAGCAGCCCUGGAAAGCAUCAGCAGAAUUCAGUCAUUCUGGAGGGUUUACAAGUGCAGGAAACAGUUCAUGAAACUGAAGAGUGCAGUUGUGGUGGUUCAAGCUUGUUGGAGAGGUUAUCAGCAUCGAGAAACUUUAAGCAAGUCCAGGCAAGCUGCUUCGUUUCUUCAAAAGCGCUUUCGAGGGAUCGUACAAAGGAGAGCCUUCUUGCAAUACAGGGAAGCUGCAAGGAUCAUCCAGACCUUCUGGCGGUCUCGGAAGCUUCGACAACACUUCCUGGAGGUAAGAAGGUGUGCUGUACUUAUUCAGAGCCAUUUCCGAACACACGUUCAGAGAAGGAGAUACGCACAUAUUCUGCUAAAUGUCUGCAAGAUCCAGGCUGCAUGGCGGGCUCUGCAGACUCGCAAACGCAUGUUGGAGCAUAAUAUCGCAGCGGUAGUGAUCCAGACUCGGUUCCGAGCGUACAUUCUGGGCCGUCAACGUCGUGGCCAGUUCUUGCAGGAAAGGAGUGCCGUUUCAAGAAUCCAGCGAUGUUUUAAAGCUUUCAAAUUCAGAAGAAAUUUUAGAAGGCUCGUCAACGCGAGCAGAAUUCAAAGAACUUGGCGAGCUCAUAGUCUUCGUCGAGAGUUCUUGGCGAGGCGGAAAGCUGCUGUUGUGAUCCAAAGAACUUAUCGAGCGCACUGUCGCGGAAAGGCUGAAAAGUUUAUCAGCAGCAUAUGUAAAAUUCAGGCUUUCUGGAGGGCGAAAUUAGAGCUUCGACACUUUCUCAGACAAAAAACAGCCGCUAAACUGAUACAGCUCCAAUUUCGUGCUCUCAUGCGGAGAAAGAAAGAAGUUUUGCUAUGCAGCGUUUGUAAGAUUCAGGCUAUCUGGCGAGCUCACAAAUCUCGUUCACAGUUUUUGCUGCAAAAGAAAUCCGCAGUAACGAUUCAGGCCGGAUUUCGCUGCUAUAAGGCUCGUCUGAUGUUUCUAGAACAGAAGAGAGCUGCAGUAGUCAUCCAGGCCGCUUUUCGAGCCUUCAACCAGACAAGAUUUAAGCCCAUCGUUGAGCCUACAUUCUGUGGUACUGUGCGUAGAAUUUCUAAAAUCCAAGCAGUGUGGAGGGCUCUGAAGGCGCGCCGAAUGAUCUCAGAACAAAGGAGGGCUGCACAGACAAUCCAGUGUUUGUGGCGGUAUUUCGUCAUCAAGCGUAAGAAUGUGAGACGAAAUGCUGCGGCUGUCGUCUUACAGUCUUGGUUCAGAGCUCUUAUUCAAAGACGCAGGUUCAAAAGAGAAAGAAAUGCUGCGCUUGCUGUCCAGGCUCAUGUCAAAGGAUGGAUACAGAGAAGAAGAUACCGUGGUGUUUUAGGAAUUAUUAGGAAAGCCCAAGCACUGUUCAAGGCGAAGAAAGUCCGUGUACAAUACAGGAAUCAAAAGAUAGCUGCUUGCAAAAUUCAAGCUGCCUGGAGGGGUUUUUGGAUCAGGAAAAUGGUAGAUCGGUGGGGACGAGCAUCAUCUACUAUCCAGGCGCGAUUUCGUGGUUAUCAGCAAAGAAAGUUUUACAAGAGCUACAUCAACGCUGUUGUUCGCUGCCAGGCUUUGAUGAGAGGCCACCUCAUUCGGCAGAAGAUAGGAGGUGGCAAAGUGGGCGAUUACAAGAUACAAACUGUAUCAAACGAUGUUGACAAAUGCAUGGCUGCAGUGCAGAUCCAGUCUGGGUACAGUGAGUGGGAAGGUUGUCUCGGAGGUCGGCUGCAGGUGCAAGAACUCGCGAAGCAGACUGGUAUGAAUGAAACUGUCCAGGAUCUGUCUGUUUACAAGGAGACUGAAGAGGAAUUGCCACUAGAUGUGAACGAGAAACUUCUACAAUCUGUUUUGAAGCUACAAGCUAUGUUCCGACUUGCAGCUGCAAGACGAAAGCAAGUUCUCUCCAGGUCUACGAGGAGAUCCUCGCGACGACUUUCCGCGAGGGUUUUGGAUCAACUCUUUGGAGAUAUCGUACCAGAAGAUCAACGAGGACUUACCCCUGUCGAAAAUGUCGUUCAGUGCCUUCAGCUCGAGAGGUCGUGUUCAGAAAUUGGUAUUGUUCGAUAUGAGUAUUGUGAACAGGCGUAUGCGGCCAUGAUGAUCCAGGCCCUCUGGAAAGGUUAUUCAGUGCGAAAAAUAUUCGCCUCACGUACAAACAAGCAGCUAGUUGAUUGUAAAGAGCAGCAACUAGUGAAUGGUACAAAUUUCGGCCCAGAGAAACUCAGAGCAGACGAACUGAGCGCUGGCCGUACGAUAUUCAGAUGGCUUACCUUCUGGAGGGAACGCUCUCACUUUGUAAAGAUAAAGAAAGUCACAGUGUUCAUUCAAAGGCUUAUCCGUGGAUGGCUGUGUCGUUGUAAAUUUUUGCAAGCAAGAAAGUCCGUCGUAUGUAUUCAGGCACAUUGGAGGGGCUUCUUACUGCGUAGAGAGAUCAGUCUGGUCAACCAAGAACUAUUGCAGCUCCGUCAGCGAAUUCAGUGUACAGCAGCCAGUGUACAGGACAGCGAUCGCCUGGGAAAUAGACUGACUGAAGCAUUAGCACUUCUUCUGGGCCAGAAGACUGUGACCGGCAUAUUGAGUAUAUGCCGAACAAUAGACGUAGCAACGCAUCACUCGAAAAGUUGCUGUGACCGAUUAGCUGAAGCAGGUGCAGUGACGAAAAUUUUGAAUCUGAUUCAAACCAUUAAUCGCAGUCCUCCUCACGAACAAGUGUUGAAGCACGCUCUGACAAUCCUGAAGAAUCUUGCUCACCAUCUGCAUCUGAGACUACGUAUUGCUGAGGCUCCAGGUGCUAUAAGUAUAAUCACUGAACAGCUCCACAUGUUCAGAUACAAGGAAGACAUAUUCAUGAGGGCAAUGGAAGUUUUGAAGCAAGUAUGCGAGCUUCCCGUAGGAAUCGCGGUCUUGCAGCGUGAACCGCAAAUUUUCCGACGUCUUCAGCUCGUUGCUCAGUCGUUGGAUCGUAAGAUCCAAGUUGAAAAGAGAAAUCUCGACAAAUUACCUCCUUCCACGGCUCCUGUACAGAGGAAGCUAGCCGAGAAGAAGCUUGUCGAGGCGUCGGGUCAAUUUUCAUCCGUAAUGUCCCUCUUGAAGGGGAUCACCCAACUCGAGCACAGUCAGAGGAGGAAGACCACGCCGAUGAGUGUACCUGUCCCCAGCGUUUCAAAGCAAGUGCCUCGAAGUUGCCACCGGCCGUCUUUGGCCCCAAGACCUUCUCUGGCACAACGGGUUCCCCUCCAAGAUAGAACGAACUGGUGAUCUCGGAGCUCGCCGUGACUCUAGACUGUGACCUGUACAUUAGACCGUAGCUGCACUCGGACUGAUAAUCUAUCACACGAAGAGUUCAGAACAGACUCAGUCCGGACACGACCGCUUUGACCGGUUCACAAGUGUAACAUUAUUACCAUUUCAUAUUGAAGCAUUCGGGGUAUACGCCCCUUCCAAAGCGUCCAUUCAUUGGCAAGUAUCGAGUGUGGUUGAAUUUGAUGCCCAUGCGGUUCUGCUCGGAGUAAAGAAGGUGAUGGUGGUCAUGCCUCCAGUCGAAACGGGAAUCUCAUUGUCCAACCGUGACAUUGGAAAGCAACGAGUUUUCGCUCCACAUGUUGACUAGCGCCAUGUUCUUUUGUCCCGUAGGUGGAGAGCAAGUUGACAAGAGUGACACGCCUCAGGGAGCACUGAUUGAAUGAUUCGACCCGCGGCUUAGCUCACAAAAUUCCCAGGACGCAAGAUAUUAACAACCGUCGACACGACUCGGGAGGAGUGCGCGGACCGGAGCCCGCCCGGAGCCUAUCUGAUUCCCGUCUUGCGUCCUCGUGAUGUGGAGUCU